ACAAAAACAUUAAACAAGGUUUUCGCGUGUAGUGUUCGUAUUGCGAGCUGCAAAAUUCUUUAGAGCAUUCUCCAAUUUCAUCCAUAGUGGCGCUUAGAAAUUUGCAGUUUCGUUCAUUUCUUGCCCGCUGCUCUCUGAACAGCUCUCUACAGCAGUUGUCAUUCAAGCUUAAAUUCUCAACUAUGUCAAGCAAUAAGGAACCACCCAAGAAGAAAAUCAAAGUAAAUGACUCUCCCAGUUCACCCUCUGUCAGUGCACAAUCUAAUCUGAAACAGCGAUUGAUGCUAGACCGAAAAGAGACUGCUGAAUCAAUUCUUAACUUCAAGUUUAACAAGAAAAGGGUGAGGAUUCUGUCGAAAGCAACUGAGGUUCCGUCAGAUUGCAAGGGCAUUGCGUAUUGGAUGUUUAGAGAUGAAAGAGUGCAAGAUAACUGGGCUUUCCUCUUCGCUCAAAAACUUGCCCUCAAGAACAAAGUUCCGUUGCAUGUUUGCUUUUGCCUUCUCACAAAGUUUCUUGAUGGGACUAUUCGCCAAUUCAAAUUCCUCCUGAAAGGUUUAAGGGAGGUGCAGAAAGAGUGUGAGGAAUUGAACAUAGAAUUCCAUAUGUUGUAUGGCAGUGGUGGUGAUGUCAUGCCAGGUUUUGUUGAAAAGAACAAAAUUGGCGCCCUUGUCAUUGAUUUCAUGCCACUACGCAAUGUUAUGGCUUAUGCAGACCAACUAAAGAAAGCUUUACCAAAAGAUGUGCCUCUGUGUCAGGUUGAUGCCCACAACAUUGUCCCAUGCUGGGAGGCAUCUAAUAAACUGGAAUAUGGAGCCAGAACUAUUCGACCAAAGAUACAUAAGCAACUCCCUGAAUACUUGACCCAAUUUCCACCAGUUAUAAAGCAUCCAUACUCAGGACCACUAAAGGCUGAGAAAGUUGAUUGGGAUCGAUGUGAAGCCCAUCUGGAGGUUGAUAGAUCAGUUGACGAAGUAGAGUGGGCAGUACCAGGAUACUCAGGUGGUAUAGCAACACUAGAAAGCUUUAUCAACAAACGUCUAAAAUUCUUUGGUACCAAACGUAAUGAUCCCACACAGGAUGCACUCAGUAAUAUAUCACCAUGGCUUCAUUUUGGUCAGGUGUCUGCCCAGCGAUGCAUUUUGGUGGUUAAAGCUUUAAGGAGUAAAUACCCGGAGAGUGUUGAUGGUUAUAUUGAAGAAGCAAUUAUCCGAAGAGAGCUUUCCGACAACUUUUGUUUCUACAACCCAAAAUAUGAUAGUAUUGAGGGCACAAAUGACUGGGCUAAGAAGACACUCAAUGAUCACAAGAAAGAUAAACGGCCGUACUUGUAUACUCGAGAAGAACUACGAGAUUCAAAGACUCAUGAUGACUUGUGGAACUCUGCACAGAUACAGUUGGUGAAGGAGGGCAAAAUGCAUGGGUUUUUGAGAAUGUACUGGGCCAAAAAAAUUUUAGAAUGGACUGCUUCUCCUGAACAAGGUUUAGCAGAUGCUAUUUACCUUAAUGAUAGGUACAGUCUUGAUGGUCGAGAUCCCAGUGGUUAUGUUGGGUGUAUGUGGUCUGUCUGUGGUAUCCAUGACCAAGGAUGGGGUGAACGCGAAGUUUUUGGAAAAAUUCGUUACAUGAACUACCAAGGAUGCAAGAGGAAGUUUGAUAUUUCUGCUUUUGUUGCAAGAUAUGGUGGGAAAGUCUAUACUAAAUCAGCCACAAUGGACAAGUUUCUCACUAAAGGAAAGAAGAAGUAGAACUUCCUAGCCCAGACUUUUUUUCUUGAAGUCAGUGCUUUGCUGCACCACAACUAGGAGAUUGCUUAGUACCUGAAAUAUUUCUCAUAAUUUUAAGUUAUAAUACUGUACUAACAAGUUACUUGUUCCUUAGUUCUUAUCUUGAGACAAUCAUAAUUUUUUUACGGGUUUCUCACCUCACUGGCUUUGUUUGGUGUGUACAUUGCCGAAGCAGUAUUUUUACUAACAGGAUAAAAUAAUAAAGAAAUUUUUAAUUCUUUAA